GCCGUCGACGCAGCCUUCGAGCUCAGGGUCCCGCCGCUGCAGCAUCUGGAGUUCUUUGGCCUUCGCUGAGUCAGGGGAACCGGCAAGCGGGGUCGCAAGGCUAAGCGACCAAGGCGGCAGCAGGAGCGGCCGAGGAGCCGGCAAGCAGCCUUGCGGAGGGCCCGGGGCGACGCGGACAACGCUUUCGCAAACUUGGGCGCGUACUCGAGCCACUGCGCCCGCGGCCGGAGCGAUGAAGAUGGUCGCGCCCUGGACGCGGUUCUACUCCAACAGCUGCUGUCUGUGCUGCCAUGUCCGCACCGGCACCAUCCUGCUGGGCGUCUGGUACCUGAUCAUCAAUGCUGUGGUAUUGUUGAUUUUACUGAGCGCCCUGGCUGAUCGAGAUCAGUACCACUUUUCAAGUUCUGAACUAGGAGGGGACUUUGAAUUAAUGGAUGAUGCCAACAUGUGCAUUGCUAUUGCAAUUUCUCUCCUCAUGAUCCUCAUAUGUGCAAUGGCGACUUACGGAGCAUACAAGCAACACGCUGCCUGGAUUAUCCCAUUCUUCUGUUACCAGAUCUUCGAUUUUGCCCUGAACACCUUGGUUGCAAUCACUGUGCUUGUUUACCCAAACUCCAUUCAGGAGUACAUACGACAGCUGCCUCCUGAUUUUCCCUACAAAGAUGAAAUAAUGUCAGUGAAUCCUACCUGUUUGGUACUUAUUAUUCUUCUGUUUAUCAGCAUUAUCUUGACAUUUAAGGGUUACUUGAUUAGCUGUGUUUGGAACUGUUACCGAUACAUCAAUGGCAGGAGCUCCUCUGAUGUUUGGUUUAUGUUACCAGCAAUGACACUACGGUGCUGUUGCCUCCGUAUGACGAUGCCACCGCUGUGACCGGUACUGCCAAGGAGCCACCACCACCUUAUGUGUCUGCCUGAGCCUGAGAGUGGCGGAAGCUGAGAGUAGCAGCAUGACUUUUCAGGCAUCUGAACAAUAAUAGUUCUGUAUCCGAGAUGAGCUCUUUGAGUUUGUUUGUUGUCAAAAUACCACAUUUUACAGUUUAGAUGUUAAGUUGAAACCCUCUGUAGUUUGAAACAUGCUUUAGCUAGAGCUCUGGGGUAGGGUAGAUAUAGGAUUCUUUCUGUAGGGGUUGGGGUGUAUGUGCUCCAUUAGUCUUGCCCAAAAAUAUAGAUGGACCUGGAGUAUCCAGAGUUUGGUUUUGUACCUGCCCAGCCUCAAAAUGGAGCAGGUAGUCACACGUUUUUCCCUCUGUUCCUUCUAUCUCCUUUGAAAGUGUAAAACAAAUCAAAAUUAGAUAAUACUUUUCUUAAACCAUUCCAGUGUAUAGAGCAAACACUUAGGGAAACAUAAAUGUCAAUUGUAUAAUCAUUGCUCUAAUUAGGUAAACAGGAGUCCUUAUGUAUCUAGUACAAGAAUUUCUUUACUCUCCUUUAUGACUUAAAUUCGGUGACAUUUUAGAUUCACUGGUCAAGAAUCUGCUCCAUGGGCUAAAUUAGAUAAUACCAGGUAGUGAGAGCAGAAACACAGUGCUCCCUUGCAUCCUGUGUCCUGUGUCGU